GGUAUAAAAUACAAAACGUCCAAACAAGAACAAUGAUUGCAAGCAAAGGAAUAAUCAGAGAGACAAAAUGACAAUUUUUCUAGUGGAUUUUUUUACUAAAGAAUAGAAAAUGUGGGUAUCCCUAGAAUCAGACAGAUCAAAAGGGAAUAAAGGAUGUAUCUUUAUUAAGUGGUCACCCACUUCAAUAGCAAAGUGCAUGUGUAUACUAAUUUAUGUAUGGUAAGUUAUCCAAUACUCUUUUAAGAUUAUUGUUGUUGGGUUUUAUUAACAUCUUAAUUAUGUUUGUACAAGAAGAAAAGAAAAUCAGAAGUUUUGAUUUGUCAGUCCUGAAGAUAUAUAUGCUUGUAGAAAAACUUGGAUUAACUGAUCAUACACAUAGUAAGGAAUGCAUAAAACAUUUUAAAAGUUGCUAUAGAAGUGGAAGAGGGAGAAAGGAAGCUGACGUAAUGGAAAGCACGCGACGCAGCAUGUGUAAAUUGUACCAUACAGGUUGCAGCUUUGUGCUUCAAAAUCAAAGGAAAAGGCAGCAUUGCGUAAUAGGGACCAACAACAUCCUCUAAUGAUCGGUUUGCAAACCGCUAACUAGAUGCUUGAUUAAUAAACACACCAAGACCCAAAUCUUGUACUUACUUAAAAGUCUUAUAGAACCAGUAUUGUGGUUAGUACUUAGAUUAGUUUAAAGGCAAACACACACAAAGAUGGCUUUAUUCCCUCCUCUUUUUUUUCUUAGACUCCUUUGUGACGCCUAAAGUAAUUUUUGAGGUGUAUUAAUUAAACAAAUGGAAAGAUGCGGCCUUGUUAUUGAAAAGAGACGUCUUUAUUAUUGUUUGCUGGUGGCAUCCAUUACUUACGCAACCACUAUAUAUAAAUUUUUCAAGGUGUUUACUAUUUAUAAACUCACUCUCAAAUACUUUUAUUUCCUUUAAAUUAAACAGUGGAAAACACCUUAACGUUUUUUGGUCUUUCUAUAUAUAUUACACACUUACAGACACACUAGUCUCCUUCUCAAGCUUUGAACUCAAGUUUAAAGAAAAAAAAAGGAUGGAGAGAGAAAUGAGACGACCGAACCCAAUCAACAGCUCACGCCGACCGGAUAUAGGCGCCGGUAGUACUCAACUCCCGGAAAGCCCACGAGGCCCGAUGGAGUUCUUGUCAAGAUCGUGGAGCGUGUCUGCCUUGGAAGUCUCCAGGGCUCUCCACACAGCCAAAACAGCAGGUCCGUCCACAACAAGAACGCCUUCCCUUAACGCCUCGAUACCGGAAGAAACCAACCCUGAGAAAGAAGAAUGUCAGGCAGAGAACAGCAGCCAGUUCUCGUUUGCUGCUUCUGCAACUUCACAGCUUGUUCUUGAGCGCAUUAUGUCUCAAUCGGAGGUGUCACCGUUAACGUCGGGGAGGUUAUCACAUAGCAGUGGCCCACUCAACGGCGGUGGUUCUUUUACGGAGACAGACAGCCCUCCGAUAUCUCCUUCAGAUGACUUCGACGACGUCGUAAAGUAUUUUCGUUCCCACAACACCAUACAGCCUCUUUUCACCGGCACAGGAGGCACCCGUGGUACCACUGGAAACGGCAGCAAUACCCCAGUGGCUGGAGCACCCCCAAAGACUGUUGGUAGGUGGCUCAAGGACCGUAAAGAAAAGAAGAAAGAAGAGAGUAGAGCUCACAACGCGCAUGUCCAUGCAGCUGUCUCUGUUGCAGCCGUUGCAUCUGCCGUCGCAGCUAUAGCAGCAGCUACAGCUGCCUCUUCCCAAGGUAAAAACGAGCAGAUGGCCAGGGUUGAUAUGGCCAUGGCUUCUGCUGCUGCGCUUGUGGCCGCCCAGUGUGUGGAGGCUGCUGAAAACAUGGGCGCUGAGAGGGAUCAUUUGACAUCUGUUGUCAGCUCUGCGGUGAACGUUAAGUCCCAUGAUGACAUUGUGACACUCACUGCCGCUGCUGCAACAGCUCUGCGAGGAGCAGCCACAUUGAAGGCAAGAGCGCUUAAAGAAGUAUGGAACAUAGCUGCAGCGUUGCCAGCCGAUAAAGGUGCAAGCUCAGCCCUGUGUGGGCAGGUUGAAACAAAGCAUAGCGGUAGUAGCUUUAGUGGAGAACUACCAAUAGCUGGGGAAGACUUCCUUGGCGUCUGUAACCAGGAACUACUAGCUAAAGGCGCUGAGCUCCUCAAACGAACUCGCGGAGGUGAUCUCCACUGGAAGAUUGUCUCUGUCUACAUGAACAAAGCAGGCCAGGUUGUGCUGAAAAUGAAGAGUAAACACGUCGGGGGGACAUUCACUAAGAAGAAGAAACAUAUGGUGGUGGAAGUGAAGAAGGACAUAGCAGCGUGGGCAGGGAGGGAUCUAUUCAACGGGGACAAGCAUCACUACUUCGGCUUGAAGACUGAGACGAAGAGAGUCAUCGAAUUUGAAUGCAGGAACGAAAGGGAGUAUGACAUAUGGACUCAGGGGGUUUCCCGCCUUGUAGCCAUCGCUGCAGAGAGGAAGCAGAAGAACUCCAUGUCCAAAUGGACGGCACCUUAAUAACAAGUAGCAGAGAGAGAGAGAAGUAGAUGCUUUUGUGCGAACUUCAUAUGAUAAGUAAGAAUAGGUCUAAACAUGGAAGAGUAGAAGACAUCCCCUUUUGUAAUAAUAUCCUUUUUAUUGCAUUAAUUGAAGAAAUUACUUCUAAA